AUGGGCAUACAAGGCCCUCUGACGGCCCAGGCGCUGGGCCGUUCGCCGUAUGAUCAGGAUGUUGUCUCAGGUGAAGGCGAGGUUGAUCCAAAUACGCCCAACCAGCAGUAUGACUCGCGAGGUCGCCAUAUCAACCCUGAGACGAAGCGCAUCAACCGCGACAUUGUCAGAGCUCAUAAUGAAGUUAUGCUGGUCGUCGGGGUUGCUGAGCCCGAUAACCCCCAUACUGCCUCCGAGCUUGAGGAAAAGCGCCAGCAUUACGCAUACGAAAGUCACCUUGGACAAAGGAUGAUAUGGGCAACUAACCGAUGCUUCGAAAUGGUUGGCGUGUUUGGCGUCGCCGGGCUGAGGCAGAGACUACUGGUUAGCAAAUCCGAUGCACCCAACUUAUUGGCUCACUACAUCGAACGCCGUUUCCUGCCUCCGUGGACGCCGUGGGAAAGCAGUAGCGGUGUCAAGGAGAAGAUGGCUCGAUAUUGCUGGAAGUAUCUUCAAAUACAUCUGGAACUAUUCGCCAUCUACCAAAGACUGGGCCUCGUCAGCAAAUACCAGCUACUGCCUACGUGGCGUUUCUUCAUACCGUUCACUCAAGACUCGCCUAUUACGCCGAUGCAAUCGUUGACUGGAUACACACCUUCGGCUAUCAUGCAAUGGGAGACAGAAGUGACACCGCCUGAACAAGAAGAGCGGGCCGCGCAACCGGGAGCGGAAAGCGAAGCAGUGACCACCACUCCUUCCGGUGAUGCCGAGGAUCAUAAUCCAGCAAGCCCCGAGGGCGAACCGAACGAACCGCCUGUGCUCUCACGCAGGCAGAGCACGGUAUCUGCCGGCAUAAACAAUGAAUACGAUAGUGACGACGAUCUCCACGAUGUUGUCAGUGCUACUCUGAUCAGCUUCGAUGUCGAGGCAACGGAGACAACAGACUUGCCCCAAGGGCUCUGGUCAGCCGAACUCCGACCUAGCACGGGGCCGGAGAACAGCAGAGUGCCCUUGGCGCCCACAUAUUUAGCCACAGAGCUGUCCAACUUACCCUCGGUCUUAGCAGCCAAGGUUCUUAGCUAUUCUGCCAUCAGAGUCGUCCUAGCCCCUGCUGAGGCCAUGACUCUUCGUCUUAUAGCCCGAUCAUUCUGCCUCCGCAAUGGGCUCCCCGUGGACGGCAUUCGGGGCAUUGGCUUAAUGCAGGGAGCGAACUUCACGUGGCUGGUCAACUUCUUAUGCGUUGAAUUGACUUGGCUUUCGCUGUCGGGCGAGGUAUGGUCCGCCGCCAGUGCUAUUUCGGCAUGGCUGCAUAAGUCUGAAGAAGAAUGGAAAGACUUUGAAGGCAAGGAAUGGGGAGACUGGUUGGGACCGUGGUACACGAGUGAGACGUACUGCUAG